AAUUGUCAAUUUGACAACUAGAAACCAAGAAUUAAAGAAUUGAAUUGUGAAACAGCAUCUUAAUUCUUAAAAUGUACUCCUAUAAUAUAAACUAAUAAUAGUGUUAGAAGAAAUGUUUAUAGUGCUAAAGGUCAAGAAAUAACCUUAAUUAAGGGGGUGUCAAAGUCAGCGCAUUCUGUUAAUUUAAAAAAAAUACUGCAAUAUCAUUUUCUUAAAAUUGUUUAAUAUAUUAAUAUCGAGUAAAACACUAUAAAAAUGCAUCGAAACUUACCACAAAACAAAGAAGCUUUAUUAAAGUCUUAUACAACUCGUCUUAAAGAAGAUGUUAAAAGUAUGUUGGAAAAUUUUGAAGAAAUAAUAAAACUGGCUAAAGGUGAAAAUGAAUCACAAUUAAACAGGAUGACACAAAUAGAACAAGACACAUUUGAAAUGCAAGUGAGAGCUGCAAAUAUUGUUAGAGCUGGAGAGUCUCUGAUGAAAUUGGUGUCAGACAUUAAACAGUACUUAAUAUUAAACGAUUUCCCAUCCGUUAAUGAAGCAAUUACACAAAAUUCAAAAUUAUUCCGAACGAAGCAACAGGAGUGCGACCAAAAACUGAUGUCACUUCGAGAUGACAUUGCAGCUGAUCUCUAUGAUUUGGAAGAUGAAUAUUUCACCAGCAUAUAUAAGUGAAAAUAGACUUAUAAAUACUGUUAAGCAAUAUUGUUUAGAUAGUUAAUCAAAAAACGGAUAAGAUUAAUUUUUGUAAGUAAAUAGGUAUUAUAUCAUCUGUGGAUUAAUGCAUGUAGUUCUUUAAGUAUUGAAUUAAGGAAAAUACUAAUAAGUUUAAAGUUACAUCUUAUGACAUAAAUAUAGUUUUUUUUUAACCCUUGUCCGUCUUACCAUAACUAACAUAAUAACAGUAAGUCUAAAUCAAAAUCAAUAGUAUUAUUAUAUUAUUUGCAUGAAUUCUAGAAGCUUAAUCAUAGACAUCAUUCAUUGUUUCUUUAAUGGUCAAUAAAAUCUGUUCAAUAUUGAAUAUCAUUUCAUAGACCAGUACAUGAUUUGAUUUAAAAAAAAAUAUGGACAGGUGUACUAGUUUAUUGAAUCUUCUAAUAAAAUAACAAUCAACAAAUAUUAUUUUUUAUUACAUUACAUACAAGCACUACACAUUCUCCUUUAUAUGUGAUAUAAAAUCUCAUUUAGGGCAGAACAUGUAAUGUGGCCCUUCUUGCGGGUAUUGCUUAGCGACAACUGGUCUGCCAAUUUUGUAAUUAUCUAAAUACAUAUACAGCAUGUAACUCCCAAACAUGGCUCCCAAAAACCAGGUCCAUUGUUGCCACAUUGGAAUCCUAUGCUUUACACUUAUGUUGAAUCGAUCUUCACCAAUAAUUUCAGA